AUGGCGCUGGAGGUGCCGCCAGUGCCCAUCUCCCAGCUGGACGAGCACGGCGAGUACAGGUACGUCACGAGCGUCUACAUGAGCGGCACUGACGUGCUGAGCAAGCCCGUGGACGAGCCGGUGGAGGUCAAGAAGGCCAAGAAGAAGAAGGCCAAGGGCGAGGUCAAACUGCCCGACCCCCUCCAGCAGUUCGUCUUCGUGGGCCUCAGGGAGGGGAAGACGGUCAUGUUCGUCGACGUGAGCUGGGAGGACCAG